UAUUGAAUGGUGAUGUGGGUGGAGGUUUCCGAGGAAUACAAAUAACCUCCGGGUUUUUUCAGAUUUGGCGAGCAUCUGGAAUAACUAGUGAAUUACAACUCUAUUGUACCGCCAUUGGCGCAUUGGUCUUUGCAUCGUUAAUGCUUUUUGCUGGUUGGUUCCAUUAUCACAAAGCCGCCCCCAAAUUGGCUUGGUUCCAAGAUGUAGAAUCUAUGUUAAAUCACCACUUAGCGGGGUUACUAGGACUUGGGUCUCUUUCUUGGGCGGGACACCAAAUCCAUGUAUCUUUACCGAUUAACCAAUUUCUCGACGCUGGAGUUGAUCCUAAAGAGAUACCGCUUCCUCAUGAAUUUAUCUUGAAUCGGGACCUUUUGGCUCAACUUUAUCCCAGUUUUGCCGAGGGAGCAACCCCCUUUUUCACCUUGAAUUGGUCAAAAUACGCGGAAUUUCUUACUUUUCGCGGAGGAUUGGACCCAAUAACAGGUGGUCUAUGGCUGACCGAUAUUGCACACCAUCAUUUAGCUAUUGCAAUUCUUUUCCUGAUCGCUGGUCAUAUGUAUAGAACCAACUGGGGCAUUGGUCAUAGCAUUAAAGACAUUUUAGAGGCUCAUAAAGGUCCAUUUACAGGCCAGGGCCAUAAAGGACUCUAUGAAAUCCUAACAACGUCGUGGCAUGCUCAAUUAUCUCUUAACCUGGCUAUGUUAGGCUCUUUAACCAUUAUUGUAGCUCACCAUAUGUAUUCCAUGCCUCCCUAUCCAUACCUAGCUAUUGACUAUGGUACACAACUUUCGUUGUUCACACAUCACAUGUGGAUCGGUGGGUUUCUCAUAGUUGGUGCUGCUGCACAUGCAGCAAUUUUUAUGGUAAGAGAUUACGAUCCAACUACUCGAUACAACGAUCUAUUAGAUCGUGUCCUUAGACACCGCGAUGCAAUCAUAUCACAUCUUAACUGGGCAUGUAUAUUUCUGGGUUUUCACAGUUUUGGCUUGUAUAUUCAUAAUGAUACCAUGAGCGCUUUAGGGCGUCCACAAGAUAUGUUUUCAGAUACCGCUAUACAAUUACAACCCAUCUUUGCUCAAUGGGUACAAAACACCCAUGCUUUAGCACCCGGCAUAACAGCUCCUGGUGCAACAGCAAGUACCAGCUUAACUUGGGGAGGUGGUGAGUUGGUAGCAGUAGGCGGCAAAGUAGCUUUGUUACCUAUUCCAUUAGGAACCGCAGACUUCUUAGUCCAUCAUAUUCAUGCAUUUACGAUCCACGUGACUGUAUUGAUACUACUGAAAGGUGUUCUAUUUGCUCGCAGUUCCCGUUUGAUACCUGAUAAAGCAAAUCUUGGUUUUCGUUUUCCUUGUGAUGGACCUGGAAGAGGGGGGACAUGUCAAGUAUCUGCCUGGGAUCAUGUCUUCUUAGGUCUAUUCUGGAUGUACAAUGCGAUUUCCGUAGUUAUUUUCCAUUUCAGUUGGAAAAUGCAGUCGGAUGUUUGGGGUACUAUAAGUGAUCAAGGGGUAGUAACUCAUAUUACAGGAGGAAACUUUGCGCAGAGUUCCAUUACUAUUAAUGGGUGGCUUCGAGAUUUCUUAUGGGCACAGGCAUCUCAGGUAAUUCAGUCUUAUGGUUCUUCAUUAUCUGCAUAUGGUCUCUUUUUCUUAGGUGCUCAUUUUGUCUGGGCUUUCAGUUUAAUGUUUCUAUUCAGUGGCCGUGGUUAUUGGCAAGAACUCAUUGAAUCCAUCGUUUGGGCUCAUAACAAAUUAAAAGUUGCUCCUGCUACUCAGCCUAGAGCCUUGAGCAUUGUACAAGGACGUGCUGUAGGAGUAACCCAUUACCUUCUGGGUGGAAUUGCCACAACAUGGGCAUUCUUCUUAGCAAGAAUUAUUGCAGUAGGAUAAUGGCUAGGAGGAUUUGAAAGGCAUUAUGGCAUUAAGAUUUCCGAGGUUUAGCCAAGGCUUAGCUCAGGACCCCACUACUCGUCGUAUUUGGUUUGGUAUUGCUACCGCACAUGACUUCGAGAGUCAUGAUGAUAUUACUGAGGAACGUCUUUAUCAGAACAUUUUUGCUUCUCACUUUGGGCAAU